AUCAGUUGCGUACAUUUGAAUAAAGCAAAAAAAAAGAAGUUAAAUACUCUGUGUGAAUUUAUUUAAAAAAACGUUUUUCAAGCUUUGAAUUAAAAAUGAAAAAAGUGUUGUUUUUAAUAGAAAUCAGUGCACUUCUAAUGGUUCAUUACCUUAUCAAUGAUGCAGCGGCUUUAAAUUGUGGUUCAGAACCAACUGCAAAAGAAGCAAAAUUGAAAAAUCACUUGCUUUGUGAUUAUGAUCAAGACAGUGGACCAGAUAGUCUGAUAAACGUUACGGCCGCAUUAAUAGUCGAAUCAUUUGCGUUCAAUCGAUACGAUGGAUCUUUGACGGUUUCUGGAUGGCUCAACAUGAGUUGGACCGACGAGCAUUUAGUAUGGGAACCUGCCGAACACGAUGGCAUAAAAUCAUUCGUAGAGUCGAGCUUAUCAAUUUGGCAACCCGAUAUAUCACUUCACAAUAACCAUAUCACCUCGAACAUUAAUUGUAAUCCAACCAAUUGUCGAAUUAAGUCAAAUGGAACUGUAAUUUGUAUUCCGUCAUGUAUGUUUGCGGCUACGUGCAUACCAGACUAUUAUCGGUGGCCAUUUGACAAACAAGUUUGCCACUUAUUACUGGGCGGAUAUGCUUAUUAUGACGAUGUGGUCCCUUUUAUUUUUACGCUGUUGAAAACAACGAUCGAACAGAAUACAGUUUACUCAGAAAAUAUGGAAUGGAAAAUUAUUGAAAACACGACUAUAAGUGCAGCUAAUUCUUUAGUUUUUUUAAAAUUGGAACGGCACGCGGGCGUGUAUACGAUAUACAUUUUCAUCCCAGCUUUUUCGUUGAUGCUACUAAAUCUAUUAUCAUUAUGGGUGGAUACGGAGAAUUAUCAGCGAAUCAUUUUAUUGGCACUGAGCGUAUCGGGACAUUGGAUUUAUAUGCAACAUUUAUACAGUGUUAUUCCACACAAUGGCGACACCGUACCGGAUUUAUUGAUCUAUUUCCGUGAUUCUUUGUUGUUAUCGCUCAUUUUGAUAGUAAAUACGAUCAUCGUUCAUAGAAUGACAGCUGGCUCUAAGCAAACACCAAAAUUAAUUGAAAGAAUUACAACAUACAUGGAUAACAAUCGUAUUGGUCAACUGUUUCUUACGCAAUCAUCCGAGCAGCUUUAUAAAAAUGAAGACAGCAAAGUUGAGCCAAAAAGUGCGCGGAAGACCUUUGGAAAUAUUAUCGAUCGAAUUCUAUUUGUAUUAUUGAGCAUUGUUUAUGUUAUUAUGAUGUUGGACUUAUUGUUAAUCUGAAAGUUACCAAGAGCGAACCCAAAUGUUGCCUUUGUAAUCAAGUAUCACAGAGCUAAAAUUCAGAAGAAAUUCUCCUGGCAAUUCUAGUUUCUAUUUUUUCACUUAAUUCUUUACUUUGAACAAUGUAAAUACACAUUUUGACAGAAGAAAAAAUAAAAAUACAAAGAUUUUAUUUUAUUCAACAAAAAGAUUGUAGGUGUGGAAAUUAUAUGUUGAUUGGUGAAAAUUUCCGGUAAAGAACCAAUAAAUGAAGAAAAAAUAUUUUUUGACA